CUCGCGAUAACAGCACAGAUCUUGUUCUAGGAAAGGAGGGAGUUCGAAGUUAUGCUAGCUAACGUUAGCUGUUGUUAGUAUCUAUAACUACCUAAGUAGUCAACUUUUUCAAAGUCAAGUUCUAAGAAGCUCCAGCAACCUUGUAAACAGUUGACCACCAUGGACAUUGAGGAUGACACGACGGUGUUCGCCACUCUUAAGUCGUUGAAGAGUUUCAUCUCUCUCCCGGACACGUCUCGGAACCAGGGAGAACCAGCCCCGGUGCAGAGCGACGUCCUGCAGAAACAGUACCUGCAGAGAUUACAGUUGCUGGAGGCAGCAGAGAAGGUUCAGUCUAAGACCCAGCUGAUCCAGAUGGACCAGGAGAAGAGACAGAUGGAGAUCAGUCACAAGAGAGCACGCAUCGAACUGGAGAAGAACGCGACGCUGAGCGCUAGGGACUUUGAGCGUGAGGUGGACCGUAACCAGGACCUGCUGGGACGAAUCAGACGCCUGGAAGAGAGGGAGGCGGAGUCUAGCCAGAGCCUAUCGGAAAAGGUAGAGGCAAAUCGUGCUCUCCGUCGGACCGUGGAGUCUCUCAACAGAAGGGUGGAGGAGAGGGACGGAUGGCUCAACACCUCUAACCAGAUGGUGAGUGGUUUAAAGGAUGAGAUCCGUGACCUGAAGCAGCAGAUUCAGACUCGGGACAACACCAUCUCUAAGCAGACACUGGAGAACCAGGGACUACAGGAACAUGUGGAGCUACAACACAGGAAGUACCAGGAAGUGUCUCAGCGGUGCCAGGCCCUCCAGUCAGCAUCGUCCUCCUGCUCCGACCACGAACUCAAGAUUAAGGAGUUGGAGAGGAAGUUGGCUCUGCAGGAACAGGAUGUUGUCAUAGUGAAGAACAUGAGGUCAGAGGUUGCUAGGGUCCCGGAUAUGGACAAGGAGCUCCGACAGCUAAGAGAGGAGAACGUUUACCUCAGGGAGACGAGGGAGAACGUGAUCCUGCUGAAGGAGGAAACGGAGGGAUUGAGACGUAAGGUAGAACGGAUGGAGAAGAUGAAAGAGGAGAUGGUGAACGUGGAGCUGGAGAAGGAGAAACUGUCUCAGAAACUGCAGGCCUGGGAGAACCUGGGACAGUCUACUGGACUCAACAUACGGACACCAGAGGAUCUGUCCAGAGAGGUGAUUCAGAUCCAACAGCGAGAGAUCACUGUCAAACAACACAACUACACUCUCACCAGCAGCUGUAGGUCAGUGGAGCGGUCUAAGGCUGACCUCCAGGGGGAGCUCUUGUCGCUACGUUCUAAAGCUCUAGAAGAACAGAAGAAGAGAGAGACCCAGGAAUCACUGGUCAGACGACUACAGAAGAGAGUGUUGCUGCUCACCAAGGAGCGUGAUGGGAUGCGUGCUAUCCUGGAGUCCUAUGAUAGUGAGCUGUCUUCUAGUGACUACACUCCUCAACUCAGCCGCAGACUCAGAGAGGCAGAAGAUAUACUGACCAAGACACAGAACCACAAUACAGAGAUGGAGGUUCUGUUGACUAAAGCCCAAGAGGAGGCUGGGGCCCUCAAACAACAAGUACAGACUAUGGAGUUGGAGCUGGAUGUUAUGAAGAAGCAGCAAGACUCCGUCGCCGAGGGCAACCCCUUAGCAACGAACGAGGAAGUCAACACACUCCGGCUGAACAUUGAGGAGUUGGAGGGAGAGCGACAACGUCUUGAAGAACAGAACAAUGUUCUAGAGCUGAGGCUGGAGAGACACAACUUACAGGGAGACUACAACCCAGUCAAAACCAAAGUCCUCCACUUCAGUCUGAACCCUACAAGCAUGGCCAAACAGCAGCGUGUGGAGGAAGUGGAAGCUCUGAGGGCAGAAGUGGAGUGUUUGAGGGAACACCUCCGCUCACUGCAGACAGGGGGAGCUAUCACUCUUGCUGCUGCUGCAGGAGAGACCAGCCUCAGUCUCCCUCCCUCACAGGAGGUCCUGGAUCUGCGUAAACAGAUGGAGAGUGCUGAACUGAAGAACCAGCGGUUGAAGGAGGUGUUCCAGAGGAAGAUUCAGGAGUUCAGGACGGUGUGUUAUGUUCUGACAGGCUAUCAGAUAGACAUCACUACUGAGAACCAGUACAGACUGACCUCUGUCUACGCUGAACACAUGGACGACUCUCUACUGUUUAAGGCCAGUGGAGGUGUUGUGGGCAGUGGAGGCAGUAUGCAGCUGAUGGAGACAGAUUUCAGUAAAACCCUGAGAGAGAUGGUGGACCUCCAUCUGCACCACCAGAAGAGCAUACCAGCCUUUCUCUCUGCUGUGACCCUUGACCUCUUCAGCCGACAGACCACAGUCUGACUUGACCCUCGACCUUUUCAGCCGACAGACCACGGUCUGACUUGACCCUCGACCUCUUCAGCCGACAGACCACCGUCUUACUUGACCCUUGACCUCUUUAGCCGACAGACCACGGUCUGACUUGUCUGACUUGACCCUUGACCUCUUGAGCCGACAGACCACGGUCUGACUUGACUCUCGACCUCUUCAGCCGACAGACCAACGUCUGACUUGACCCUUGACCUCUUCAGCCGACAGACCACGGUCUGACUUGACCCUCGACCUCUUCAGCCGACAGACCACGCACGGUCUGACUUGACCAUGAUAUAUGACCUGUGACCUCAUUGUUUGACAUGUGAUGUCAUUGCCUUGACCUCUUCACAUGAUGGUUAAGGUUAGGAUUGGGGGAGGGGAAGCUGAUCCUAGAUCUGUCAUUGUUGUCUGACCUGUGAUGUCGUCAUGUGACCCCGAGGUGACCUGUGACCUCACUAUCUGACCUGUGAUGUCAUGGUGUCUGACUGACACAGCUGUGCAAUGGACUCUGAUGAUAAUAAUAUAAAGUUAAAUAAAAGGAGUCGCUGUCUAGACCUGUGUUGUUUCUCUGCACGAAGUUACACAUUUGAUCAAAUAAUAUCAUUAUUUCUAGAUGUUAUGGAGGUUUUUAGGAUGACGGUGAGAAGAGGAAACAAGGGCCUUUGUUGACAUCAUACUUCAUUACGUUAAUUCUCUUAGACUGUCACAAAUGGCACCCUAUUCCCUACAUAGUAAACUACAAGAGCCUGAAGGUAGUGCACUAGGUAGGGAUUAGGGUGACAGCCUCGUCUUUAUAUAGUGUGAUCUCUGUAACCUUCAGUCAGAUGUUCUGUUAUUGUUUCACUACUUCCUGUAUUGAGCUCUGUAACCUUCAGUCAGAUGUUCUGUUAUUGUUUCACUACUUCCUGUGUUGAUCUUUGCUCUAAAGUUGUUUUUUGCAGAAGGUUCAUAUGGCUUCAUGUUGGACACACAGCGUCAUUUUAAAUAGUGGCACACAACGAACAUCUUGUUAUUUUCUUGUAAAUGGAAAGCAGUGAAAAAGGUAUAACCUGAAUGAGUUGAUUUGUCAUUAGAACAAACAGCUCUAUUACUUCUUACCUCUUAGUUUGUUUUGUUUGUGCCCCUGCCCAGUCAUGUGAAAUUCAUAGAUUAGGGCCUAAUUUAUUUAUUUAAAUUGACUGAUGUCCUUCUAUGAACUGUAAUUCAGUAAAAUUGUUGUGUUGCGUUUAUAUUUUUGUUCAGUCUAAUUAGGAUGUAUGUAUGUGUGGAAUGUUAUUUCAGACGUGAAUUGAGUGAAUAAAGAACUAAUCUAACUAGA